AGAAUAUAGGUCUGAACUAGCGAGGUAGGACGAUGUUUAGUAGAGAUAAGAUAGUAGAGUUUGAGGUGCAGGAUGUUCGUUACCCCACCUCCAAGACGCUGGAUGGGUCUGACAGUGUCCACACCGACCCCGACUACUCUGUAGCCUACGUCACACUCACCACAGACAAGGGAGUCUCUGGGUACGGGAUAACCUUUACUUUGGGGGCUGGAACUGAUGUGGUAGUUAAAGCUAUUGAGCUGCUGAAACGUAAAGUACUGGACAAAUCACUGCACGACAUCUUCACUAACUACCGAGCUUUUUACCGGUCCCUGACCCAGGACUCCCAGAUGCGGUGGUUGGGCCCUGAGAAGGGUAUUGUGCACCUGGCAACCGCUGCGGUUACUAAUGCUGUGUGGGAUCUGGGAGCUAGACUGGCUAACAAACCACUGUGGAGGUUUGUAGUUGAAAUUCCCGUGGGAGACCUGGUGGCUAUGAUAGACUGGAGCUAUCUGAGUGAUGUUAUCAGUGAGGACGAGAUAAUGGAGAUGCUGAGUGAGGGUGAACAUGAUAAGGAGAAGAGGAUCAAACAUCUGGAGGAGAGAGGAUAUCCUGCUUACAUUACUUCUGUGGGGUGGUUAGGAUACUCUGAUGAGAAGGUCAAGAGGCUCACCAAUGAGAAACUCAGUGAAGGCUGGACUGCUUUUAAGAUGAAGGUGGGUAUAAGCCAAGAGGACGACAUGAGACGUGCCAAGCUGAUAAGAUCUCUUAUCGGCCCUGAUAACAAACUUAUGAUGGAUGCUAACCAGAUAUGGGACGUCAAAGAAGCAAUAACACGAAUGAAACAACUAAAGAAGUAUGAUCCGUACUGGAUAGAAGAGCCCACAUCUCCUGAUGAUGUAGACGGACACGCUCAGAUCAGCAUGGCAUUAAGAGAACACGGAAUCGGAGUAGCCACCGGGGAAAUGUGCCAAAACAGGGUCAUGUUCAAGCAGUUCCUGAAACUGCACGCCAUGCAGUUCUGUCAGAUUGAUAGCUGCAGAACAGGCGGUGUGUCUGAAGUUAUUGCUAUCAUGGUACUUGCUAGGAAGUUCGGAGUUCCUGUGGUCCCUCACGCGGGGGGAGUGGGACUGUGCGAACUGGUCCGGCAUUACUCUAUGAUUGAUUACGUACUGGUGUCUGGUAAGAUAGAUGAUAGAAUGUGUGAGUAUGCUGAGCACCUUCACGAACACUUCACUGACCAGGCUGAGAUUAAGAAUGCUAGGUAUGUACUGCCGUAUAGACCGGGAUUCUCUUGUGAAAUGACAGAAUAUGCGGUAGAUACAUUCAGAUUUCCUGAUGGUACAUAUUGGAACAAUUGAGCAUUAAAAAACCCGCUCACUUAAACGGAACGUUUUUAUGGUGUACCUACUGAUAGUGAAAUUACAUUAUCUAUACGGCACGGGGUCUGGGCCGGCGACCCUGUUCUUAUGAUUAAAAUGAAUUAUGUGACUUGAUUAACGUUUAUACACUCUUACAUCUUGGCCUUUGAUUACAUUAUUAUAGUAUUAUACAGAAUUCAAAUAAUGGA